AUGCACAAACUCGUAGCUCGUCACUCUGAGGGAAACUACUCAAGCGGAAGGUUUGAGCUCAGGUUGCAAAGUAAUGGAGAUCUUGGGUUUUUCACCAGGAAUGUCCUGUUGGAUGCCAUCAACUCACCUUAUUUGGAAAUCCAAAGCGGUGGCAGUGGCCAUCAAGUGAAGUUUAAUCAGUCUGGCCUCAUCUAUUUCAACGCAAUUAAUGGAAGUGUAUUGGGAUUUUUAUCAAACAAAACUUCAACGAGCCAAUUCUACCAACGGGCGAUUCUUGAAUAUGAUGGGGUUUUUAGGCACUAUGUCUACCCAAAAUCAGCUAACUCAACUGGUGGCGGGCAAAAGAAUUGUACCACUAUCUCCUUUGUGCCACCAAAUAAAUGCACGAGUGUUAUCCAAGAAAUGGGAGCUGAGGCUUGUGGUUUUAAUAGCUACUGCCAGAUUGAAAGUGACGGAAGGCGUCAAUGCUUGUGCCCAUCAGGCUAUAUCUUCUUUGAUCCAGAUGAUGAGAUGGGUGGGUGUAAGCCAAAAUUUUUGGCUCAGAGUUGCGAUACAGAGUCCCAAGAAGCGGAUCAUUUCAACUUUUCUGAAGUGGUUAAUUUGGACUGGCCGUGGUCUGACUACGAGCAUUACGAGUUGGUGAAUGAAGAGUGGUGCAAGGAUGUCUGCUUGAACGAUUGUUUUUGUGCUGUUGCCAUUUUCGGAAAUAAUAACUGCUGGAAGAAGAAGAACCCUCUCUCCAACGGGAGGCUUGAUCCAAGUGUUGAUAGGCAUGCUUUUGUGAAAGUAAGGAACGACAAUUCCACUUUUUCUACGAAACUAGUAGGACCGAAGAAGAAGGAUCAAACCCUUUUAGUUAUUGGAUUAAGCAGCUUAGCCCUUCUCCUCUUCCUUUUACUCCUGUUAAACUUUCUUGGAUUUAAUUGGUUUCGUAAGAGAAAUUUAAAGGUCCUACCGGAAUAUGCAAAUAAAGAAAGCAAGAAAGAUUUGGGAGUUUUCACUUAUAAAGAACUUGAGGAAGCAACUAAUGGAUUCCAGGAGGUAAUAGAGCUUUUGGUGGAGAAUGAUGCAGAAGCUAUGAAUGACAUGAACGGGGUGGAGAAAUUUGUGAUGAUAGCACUAUGGUGCACUCAGGAGGAUCCGUCUUUGAAGCCAACCAUGAAGACUGUCUCACUCAUGCUUGAAGGAGUUUUAGAAGCCCCUGUCCCACCGGAUCCCCCCUCUUUUGUUCGUUCUAAGAGGGGAAGGACUAUGAAGCCAACUCUUGACCCCAGUGAUGAACUUGUGAAGUGCCUAGUCUCAAUCAGUAAGAGAACAGAAAUUUAA